CUAAUCAAACUUAUAAAAAUCAAGAAUCAAUAAACCACAAAACUAGAUGUUGGUAAACAUUUCGUAUUGUACAUUCCCUAUAAACAAGUAACUUUUACCAUCUUACUAAUUCAUCCCCACCCAACACACACUUACCUCGCAUAUAUAACCUCUCACGUCUAGCUCCAUUAGUUUCUCUCUUUCUCUAUCUUUGUCUCCCUUUUGUACUCUCUUUGUCUUCGGACCAUUCAUUCGAUAAAAGUAGUUUCAGACAAGAAUAUGUCUCCAAGAGGAUCCAAAAGAGUGAGUUUUAGUCCCGAACCAAAAGAAGCAAACGACGAACCAAUCUUCCCAACACGCACCGGUCUCAGCUCCUCACGGCAUGGUCGUCGGAGGGCCGUCGUCGGAAUUUUCAGCUUUGGAGUCAGUACUGCGCCGGCGGCUAGGAGAUUUCUCCGGCGUGUCGGAGCCGGAGUCGGCAAAACGUUUCGUUUGAUAUCGUUCGGCGGGAAGAGCUGUAACAACACGAAAACGAUGCCUUCGUCUUCGUCUUUCUCUUGCUCUUCUUCGUCUUACUCUUCGACGUCUAUUCCUCUGGCCAAGUCAAAGUCUCUAAACGAAUCGGAGUCUCACCGUGCAGAAGCUAUUGAGGACUGCAUCGAGUUCUUGAACUCUUGUUCUUCUCUGUCGAGAUCAAACUCGAUCUCCACCACGUGGUCUUGCUAAGCUACGGGUUUGACCCGAUUCAGGUUCGGGUUCGAUCGACAAAGCUCCAUGAUUACUAUUCUUUUGUCAAUGUAAAAAGAGUUCAAAUCUGCGUAGGUGAUCAGAGUUGCUUCAGUUAGCUAGUGACUGACUACUAAAAGGUUAUAUAAUUCUUCAAUCUUCUUCUUCUUCUUUGUUUUCGUUUAAGUUUCGUAACAAACUAUAAACCAAAUUUAUUUUUUAAUUGUUACCAACUUGUCACUUCUUGUCAACAAUAUACUCGACAUGCAGUAAAUAACUCAAAUAUGUAUUGGAUUGUUAUAGUUUCAACAUGAAUCAGAUGGUUAUGAGUUAUGACGUUAUUUAUUUAAA